CACCUUGAAACAAAUCUAGAAAGUCAACUCACGAACACCAUGGUCAGCUCCUGUUGUGGCUCCACCUGCUCUGGACAGAGCUGUGGCUCUGGCUGCUGUGCCCCCUGCUGCUGCCGGAUUGGCUGCUGCUUCCGGCCUCCCUGCUACCAGAGCACCUGCUGCAGGACCAACUGUUACAGACCCACCUGCAUUGUGUCCACCUGCUGCCGCCCCAGCUGCUGUGGGUCCAGCUGCUGCCAGCCAAGUUGUUGCAGACCAAGGUGCUGCCCGUCUGCUUGCUGCCAACCAACCUGCUGCUGCCCCAGCUGCUGCCAGCCCUGCUGCCGCCCCAGUUCCUGUGUGUCCAGCUGCUGCCAGCCCUGCUGCCACCCCAGCUGCUGUAUUUCUAGCUGCUGCCAGCCCUGCUGCCGCCCCAGCUGCUGUGGGUCCACCUGCUGCCGCCCCAGCUGCUGUAUUUCUAGCUGCUGCCAGCCCUGCUGUCUCCCCAGAAGCUGCCAUCCUGCCUGUUGCCAGACUACCUGUUGCCGCCCAGCCUGCUGUGGCUCCUCUUGCUGCUGAGUGCCCAAUUCUUCAUAUAUCUGCUCACUAUCUCCAUUCUUCUCCAAGCAAAUAUAAUUUCCUCAAGUGUACUAAUAUGUCAAGAUUGUUGAUGACAUCAUACUAUGAGCUCAUGCACCUGCAACCAGUGUGGAAAAAUUAAUUCUUUUUAUUCUCUGUCUGGGUCUGGCUAUGCUAGUAUCUUCUAUUUUCUCCAGCCUCAUAGGCAUGAAAUUUUUAAUGCUUAAUGUAUCAGCUGUGAAGGUAUAUCAGUUUGAUGUCUUUUAAUCUUCCAUUCUGAAUCAUAACAAAAUAUUCAAAAAGAAGAGCAAUUUCAAAGGAGAAAUUUAAAUUUCAGUUACCAAGUCAUCAAGUCCCUAGAAUGGUUAUGUUUUCAUCUUUGA